GUCCAUUGUUUUGAUUUGAUUAGAAAAUAAUAAUAAUAAUAAUAAACAAUGUUUUCAUUAUUAUAUGGAUUUUGGCGUUACCUGUUUCAAAAAGAUGAAUAUUAUGUACUUAUAUUGGGCCUAGAUAAUGCUGGUAAAACAACAUUCCUGGAACAGACAAAAAUCUCAAUGAAUCCCGGUUAUAAAGGUUUAAAUUUGAUGAAAAUAAGCUGUACAGUGGGAUUGAAUAUCGGAAAAAUUGAUUCCGAUGGUGUUGUAUUAAAUUUCUGGGAUCUCGGUGGCCAAUCUGAAUUACAAUGUCUUUGGGAUAAAUAUUAUGCUGAAUCACAUGCAAUCAUCUAUGUGGUCGAUUCAUCCGAUCAUGAACGGCUGGAUGAAUCGAAACAAGCUUUUGAUAAAAUGAUGGAAAAUGAAUCAUUGAAAGGAACGCCGUUAUUAUUUGUGGCCAAUAAACAAGAUGUUUCGAAAUGUCUGCCAAUAACGAGGAUAAUGGAUCAAUUUCGAUUGGAAACAAUCAUAUCAGCUGCACAACGUGAUUUUCAUUUUGUUGCCGUAUCUGCGUUGAAAGGCGAUGGCAUUAAAGAAUCGAUCGAUUGGAUAAUCGAAACGGUGAAAAAGAAUAAUGUUUUUAAGCCGCCAAUCAACGGAACUGAAUAAAAAUUUUUGUAAUGAAAUAUUUUACUUUUUAAAUUAAAAUUACUUAAAUUGAA